AUGUUGGACGAGCAAAUGGAGGUAAACCCACAGAAUGCCGACAAUUUUCAACGCCAGCAAAUUCUUGAAAGGCAGCUGCAAGAAAUUAAUACCCGGAUGAGGACCAUCAAAAAUAACGGUAAUGGUCAACCUCAAAUAGCCGUGGUUAGCAAGCAUGUGUCGGCACCACCAUACUGUAAAGAAAAUCCGCGUUUUUGGUUCGCCCAGCUCGAAGCUCUCUUUGACUUAAAUCGUAUUACAAGCGAUUCGAAUAAAUAUAAAUACGUCAUAUUAAGCUUGGAUCCGAGUUCGUCUAAUUUCGUGAGCGAUAUAGUUGCACAACCACCCGAAACCGACAAGUACCAGAAAAUAAAACAAAGAAUUCUGGACACAUUCACGGAAAGUGACGAAUCAAAGCUUCGAAAACUCUUGAGCAGAGAGCAUAUAAUUGACGAAAAACCAACGCAUCUUUUGCAAAGGCUAAAACAAUUAUCAGCGGGGCAGUGCAAUGAAGCGGUGCUACGUGCAAUUUUUCUGGACUACUUGCCAAAAAGCGUCAGAUCGCACCUCGUAGUUAAUGAAAACCAAGAAAUAACCCAGCUCGCACAACAAGCCGACAAAAUCGUUGAAAUUUUAAAGCCAACAAAAAGCGAAAUUUGCGCGGUAGAGACAAGGCAUGCGAGCCAUUCGGAAACAAACACGCACGCAGAAAUUGCUGAGCUCAAGCAAUUAAUAAACACACUUGCUCAAGAAGUCAAACGGCUCUCCGGUCAAGGACAACGCAACUCGCGGGAUAGGACCAGAUCACGCAGCAGGCAUCGCAAACAAAACAAAGACGACCCAAACCUUUGCUACUACCACAACAAGUUUGGUGACGAGUCCUACAAGUGUAAACAACCAUGUAGCAGAUAUGUAGCAAAAGGUCAGGGAAACUAA